GCUCACUGUGUGUGUGUGUGUGUUUUCAUCAGUCCAGCCUCCUGCCUGACGAGGCAACACAGCAGAAACACAUUCGCUGCUCUUUUCUGCUCAUUUCUGCUUCUGCCGGUCGAAACCCGUCGUUAAACUUGUCUUCCCGGCCGGCAGGUUUCACCAAACGGAUCGUCCUGGUGGAUUUAGCGAGCAGCUUUGGCUCGUCAGAGCUUCAAGACGAAGUCCUAAAUGUCCACCUGCUGCAGGAGGAGUGAAACACCUGCAGCAGGUGUGUCGCUGCUGGCGCCAACAGGAUGUCCUGCUCCUGCUGCUGCUGUGUGAGUCCCGGCGGAGAGCUGCUGGAGGGGUCAAAGGUCACCAGGUGUCCACGUCUCUCCUGCAGGGACCAGGAAGAAGGAGCGGCUGGUGAGAGAGGAGGAGGAGCAGGAGGAGGAAGCAGCAGGAGGAGGAGAGGAAGAGGAGAGCAGGAGGAACAUGGACAUCUCCCUGCUCAGAGAGCAGUACAGGAGCACCAGAGAGACACAGAAGAGACACACUCAGGUGCUGCUGUUCAGGACAGUCUCAGAUGAAUUGUCAGAGGCCAUCAACAUCGUACCUGUCUCUCAGGGUUUAAUGUCGCCAUGGGAACCAAACAUACACUCGCCAUGGGCCAUAACCUCGGAGUCCCACCUGAUGACUUACGACCCCUGGCAUGUACACCUGGAUGUCCACAGGCGCUGCUGGCUCACAGCUUCAGCUUCAUCCUCUGAAACAACAAACACCAACAUCUCCUCCCGACGUUCUUCAUCUUCCCCUGAGGCCGUCGACUCCCAACAGGAUUUGGAUUCAACAUCAGAUUCACCCAUCAGCUCCAGAGCUAGGUCUCCCUUCAAGCGCACCAAAGAAGAAGACCACUUCAAUGCUGAGAAGUCCAGAGGAGAACCAGAGACCGUGUAUCCAGUCCAGGUUUCUGUCUCUGCUUUGGGGAAAGGAUCCAGAGAGGAUCAUCCUGAUGCCUCCUUCACUGAUUCUCAGGAGUGUUCAGCUGCCUCACUCUCCAGCUCUGAUGAAAGCUCCACCCCAGUCGCCUCCAUCACCUGCUCCCCCGGUGGCUCCACCACCACCCUGCAGGAGGACCUGAAAGAGGGCCAGUCCGCUGGUAGAAAAACCAGUCACGGCGUCCUGCAGUACAGCAACACCUCAGCCUGGCGGGGCUCCAGGAAGUUCACUCCCCAGACCCUCAGGUUCACCAGGCAGCUGAGUGUUGGGGGUGUGGGGUCCUCUGCGGGGGUCCACCAGGACCAGAGCUACCAGCCCUUCCCCCACAGGAAAACCCCAAGGAUCUCUGAGGCGGCCAGGAGGCUGGGGAUGUACUCGUCCUUCUGAGGACCGUUCAUCAGCCCGUCGAGGAACAAAAGACAGAUUCAGUCAGAUUUAUUUCAAAAAGUCUUUUUUUCAACAGUGUGAUUAAUUCCCCACACUUUUAUUUAUGCUGUAAGAUAACUAGCUUGCUAGCCUGAUUAGCCUCAUUAAGCUAAAUAAAAGAUGUGUACUGUGCUUGAGCUAACGAAUGCUAACGGGCUAUUUUGGUAGCAGUUGUUAAGCUUGCUACCCUAAGAGACAGGGAGCAUGUGAUUGGCCGGAAAAUGUUCACUUCAAAAUAAAAAUGUUUUGAAUUAAUAAAAA